AUUGCAUUUUCCGGCUUUUCACGUUUUCCUUUCGCUACACCGCCCCUGUGAGGUAAUUUGGCGUAGACUGCAUCUCCGCCGCUGCACACGAACAGUACCCCCGGGCUAGGAUCGUUUGGAUUCAGCGCUUUCGGAACACGCAGACAGUUAGUUUAGUGAGUGGUGCAAGAGUGAAACCAAAAGCAAGCUGCCGAGUCGUCACAUUGGCCAUACGAGUCUUGAUCGCCGAACCGUACGGAUUAACUCCCGGAGUUUUCUUCUGUGAAGAAAGUUGGUUUUAAAGUGUUCCUAAUCCAUUUAGUGCCUUGCCGGUGUUGCGAUUCGGGCUCCACAGAGCAAGCAAAGUGCAGUGCGCGAAAGCAAUCUACUGAACGAGUGAAGCACAUUUUUCUUCGAGGACUGUCGAAUCUUCCAACGUCUUUUUCAACAUGAGGGAAAUCGUUCACCUGCAGGCCGGUCAGUGCGGAAACCAGAUUGGUGCUAAGUUCUGGGAAAUCAUUUCCGAGGAGCAUGGGAUCGACGCAACCGGUAUCUACCACGGGGAAUCAGACCUGCAACUAGAACGUGUCAGCGUAUACUACAAUGAAGCAUCAGCAGUAUCCCGUUCGUCGGGUGGCAAGUACGUGCCACGUGCAAUCCUGCUCGAUCUGGAACCGGGCACCAUGGAAGCCGUUCGCUCCGGAGCCUACGGUAAACUGUUCCGCCCGGAUAACUUCGUGUUUGGGCAGUCUGGUGCCGGCAACAACUGGGCCAAGGGACACUACACCGAAGGUGCCGAACUGGUGGACGCCGUGCUGGAUGUGGUGCGUAAGGAGUGCGAGAACUGCGAUUGCCUACAGGGCUUCCAAUUGACCCACUCGCUGGGAGGCGGUACCGGAUCCGGCAUGGGAACGCUGCUGAUCUCUAAGAUCCGCGAAGAAUAUCCCGACCGAAUCAUGAACACAUACUCCGUAGUCCCAUCGCCAAAGGUUUCCGACACGGUGGUCGAACCGUACAACGCCACUCUGUCCAUUCAUCAACUGGUGGAAAACACCGAUGAAACCUACUGCAUUGACAACGAAGCGCUGUACGACAUUUGCUUCCGUACUCUGAAGGUGCCAAAUCCCAGCUACGGCGAUCUGAAUCACCUCGUCUCGCUGACCAUGUCCGGAGUUACCACCUGCCUUCGUUUCCCGGGUCAACUGAACGCAGAUCUGCGAAAGUUGGCCGUUAACAUGGUGCCGUUCCCACGUUUGCAUUUCUUCAUGCCUGGCUUUGCGCCACUGACUUCGCGUGGAUCUCAGCAAUAUCGGGCCCUAACUGUCCCAGAACUGACCCAACAGAUGUUCGAUGCCAAGAACAUGAUGGCUGCCUGCGAUCCACGACAUGGACGUUAUUUGACGGUAGCUGCUGUCUUCCGUGGUCGCAUGUCGAUGAAGGAAGUCGACGAGCAGAUGCUGGCUGUUCAGAACAAAAACAGCAGUUACUUCGUUGAAUGGAUUCCGAACAACGUCAAAACUGCCGUCUGUGAUAUUCCACCAAAGGGUCUGAAAAUGUCGUCGACCUUCAUUGGUAACACCACUGCCAUCCAGGAACUGUUCAAGCGCAUCUCCGAACAGUUCUCCGCCAUGUUCCGCCGUAAGGCUUUCUUGCAUUGGUACACGGGCGAGGGUAUGGACGAAAUGGAAUUCACCGAAGCUGAGAGCAAUAUGAACGAUCUGGUAUCCGAGUAUCAACAGUACCAGGAAGCGACGGCUGAUGAUGAGUUCGAACAGGAAGAAUGCGCUGAUGAAAUGGAAGGCGAGUGCGUCUAAAUCAACCGCCCAGGAGGCAUCCAACGGUUGUCAAGAAGCAUUUUUACUAUUUAUUACUUUUAGUUAGAUAAAUCGAUUUUUAUGUGUACACAAACCGAAGAAAUAGUCCUAACAAAAAUUCUAACAACUCAUCUAAUCUCGGAUCUCAGCAUACUUACUAAUUGACAAUAUAGUUGGACCCGAUCUGUGUUCGAAAUCACCACAACCGCAUUUUUUUUGGCAAAUUUAGAAACAUAAAAACACAUAGAAAAGUCAACAAUCAAACUAAUGUUGUAUAAGUAAGAGAGUGAGAGUGUGAGAUAGUGUUGAAAUUGUAAGAGCAGGCCUAUAACUUUCUCACCACACGGCCGACAAACGCAGCGAAACUCGACCAUGAAAGUCUAGAUUCAGGCAAUAUUUCCAAGCAAGGGAAAUAACUCGCGUCACUGAGCAGUAAAGACUUUCAUGUCAAACUGGCUGGUUGGAGAGAAAGCGUUAGCCAACUCCUAAUGGUAAAUUUGAGAGAGAGAGUGGAUAAACGGUAAAGCUGCCAAUCGAACGUUGUUUGUGGAUCUUUUCGCUUCUUGCUGGACGAUUUUCGUGCAUCAUUCAUUUUAGCAAUAUAUCCAAAGAUUUUUUUUUUGUGAAAAGAAAGUUUGGUGAAAAUCGUCACAUGUCAACCAGUCUUUUGUAGUUAUAACUCGUUCUCUCUAACCAGGAACAAUCACUAUUAUGAAUAUUGUCGUUCUUAUAUCUUUGAUCUACCACUAUCAGAUAUUUAUUAGUUUGGAUAUUUAGAAUCACCAGUUAUCUUAGAAUUGAAAAUACAGGAAUUGUCAGUUUUAUUUUGACCGGAAUGCUUUGAGUAGACAUUGACCCACAGACCAAUAGCAGUCACGUUACGCAUACAUCGAUUCAAGCCGACGACAAUCUGUGACAGUUUAAAAGUGUUGAUGCGAAACAAUAAAACAUAUUUUGUAUUUAUUUGUAACAA